GUCAAACACUAUUCAUUUGACUAUAACGAACCGAACUAAAUUGUUUUCUCUGAAUUGAAAUACAUUUUUUCUUAAGAUUUUUUUUUCUUUUUAGGUCUCUCUGACAUAAAUAAUUGAUUAAAAUAGUUGUAACGAUUGUUUGAUACGAUAUGUUAAAUUGUUGAUGUUGAUCUAGAUUUGUUUUUAGUUGAUUUGUAUUAUCAGGAUAUCGAGCUUGCUUAUCGUUUUAGUAUCAAUGCUGUUAACUCUAUUUUAGACUACAUAAAUGUUAAUUUAAUUUUUGUAAAUUAUUUAUAUGCAACCAAAUUCGUGAAAUUAUUAGUGUCAUAAUGAAUGUCUAUCUAUUUCUGUAUUUUCACAUAUCUUGGUCACUAUCAUAAGACCAAUAACAAUAGCAGAGUGACAAAGUAUUUCGUACCAAUAUUUAUGCGACAUAAGUUUUUAUAUGAAUCAUCAUGAAUCAGUACCAAACAGAACGAAGACUUUGUUGGUGUUACGCUCUACUCGCCACCUUUCUUGCUGUUUCGGUGGUUUGCAUAGCAAUACCAUAUAAUCACUGGCGGGCGACACUCGACGUUUGUCCAGGAAGUUGGCUCGAAAAUACCAAUUGUGGGUGCAUAUUCUUUGGUGUCAGCACAUUUCAGUACUUCAAUGGAGGCCAUAAUUCAUAUUGUUUGUAUGCAAUAUUUGCACCAUUACCUAUUCUGGCCUAUGCACUUAUUAUGGCGCUGUUUCAUAUGUAUAGAGUGUGCAUCAAUAAUGUGGGACAGUAUGAAGAUGAGAAAUCUACGGCAAUGGAAGAAAUUGAAGGAGAAGCCAUUGUAGUGACAACAAGGACAAGAGUAAGCCAAAAAAAUGAUGCAGUAAUAUAUUGUUGGAUACCAACAGCUUCUAUUGCUGCGAUCUUUUGCCUGUAUAAUCUGGUACAUGCUGCUAUUAUAACCAACGGCUUUCUGAAGACUUGUUCACAGUACAGAGGAUACCUUGCUAGGGAAAUCCACGCAUCUGGCGAUCACGUCUCCGUUAUUCAUUUCCGUCUCACUUGUCAAGCUAUUUUCGACUUUAUGGACUACUUGCAGAAGAAUGCACCAAACAGUCGCCGUGGAGAAUUCAUAAACACAGGUGUGGCAUUGCAAAUCGCACUUAUUACCUCGUGGGUGGCUGUAGCUUUGUGGAUAGGGGUUGUCAUCCUUACUUCAAUCAGGGCAUACAAGGAGAGGAAUGUACUGACAUGCUGCGGUAAUUAAAUUUCAGCUAUUUAACCCAGAGAUCAAUAAAAUAAAACUAUAGUACUGAAAAAUCAAAUAAUAAUAAAAACUAUAUUAAAAUAAAAUGAGCUAAAGCUCAUCAGUUUUUACAUAAUUUUGAUGAGUUACUUUAUGAAAAUCAAAUUUGUUUAUAUUUGAAUUAUUUAUAUUAAAAUGUUACACAAGCCCAGGCGUGUUCUUAUGAUUGGUCCACAUUAUACUAUAGUUAUUUUAAAUUCUGUCAAGCUCCGGUCGCCGACGAUUGUAUGCGAUCAGUUGCUGCCGUGUAGUCUGCUAUUACGCCCCGGCCCAGUGAAUAAUCAAAUCCAGCUACUGGAUUCUAUUCCAGUCAGUGCCUAUUACAUUAUUCCAACUAUAAUCCAGUGUUGGAUUUGAUCGCAAAAUCGGAAAAAUAAUGAUUAAUAUAACAUGUAUGUGUAAUAUAUUGUGUUCAUUUACUUUUUAAGCAAUCAGACAAGUAGGUAAUAAGUAAUAAUGACAUAAUUCAAUAAUAAAGUCUACCAAUGUAGUUUUUGACUGAAGUGUUUAUUGAUAGUAUUUUUGAGAUGAUUUUAUUUUAUUUUUUUAAUUACAACGAAAUAUCUAUCUAAUGUAAAGAUUAGUCCAUUAUAAAAAUGCUAAUUUCUAACCAAGUGACCAAUUUUUUUAUUGAUAGUUACCUCCAGUUAAAGACAAGUACUGUAAAGACUGAAAUAGUAACUGUGCCUAGACAUCUAUCUAUUAUAAGAUAAUAGGUAAUCACAAUAACAAUAAAUGUUCUUUAUGUAUUUUAUCUAACUACAUAAAAUAGCUAUUUUUUUAAAACACGUUUUAUUCCACCUACUAAUGAUUUACUUAUAUUUAAGUGUUUUAUGACAUUAAGGUACAUACAUAUUUUGUGUGUUGUAUUAACAAUUUGUGCCGUUUAUUUUAAAUAUAUUUAUAUAGAUAGUUAAUUGCAUACUUGUAUUUUACUUAAUUUUUAAUAUAGUAAACUAUUUAUACAAUUCGUCAAUGUUAACUUGUGCCGUCCAUUUUUAGUUAAGUAACGUAAUUUUUAUGGUAAACAUGUAUCUUCAACCGACUUCAAAAAGAAGGAAGUUCUUAAUUCGAUUGCAUUUUUUUUUUUAUUUUUUACGUCGUUACUCCGAUUUGGAAAUUAUUUUUUUACAUACUUAAAGGUUGGUCUUAUAGAUAGAACUUUACAAAAUUUGUUCAAGAGUUUAGUUUUUAUGUAAAAAUAACUGGUUUUGUCACAAUUGAAGUCGGUUCUUUGUCGUAAAACACAAUCUUAAUAAUUAUAUAAUAAUGUACAUUAUUUACAUACUUAUACAAUCGUACAAAAUAAAUGUUUGUUAUUCAUAUUAA